AUGGCGUGUUUAAGUUCGAGUAGGCUUUGUGCUCGUGUGCAGGAUAAGUUAAUGUGUCAAUUUGGACAAAAAGUUCGAAGGCAGACUUUAUUUGUGAAACUCAAACCUCCUGGACCAUCACCAUUGCGGAUAUUUGGAAAAACUUGUCAGAGAGUGACGACAUGCGGUCCAGCAUGUGGCACUUCAGGUACAACUGUCACAGGUGCAGCUCGAAGGUUGGCUUCCAGCAUGCAAAGCACCAGUACUGGUUCUCUACCAGACUACGGAACACAGAUGGUUGACCCUUACCGUCUUCUGGAAGACGAUCUUAAUGGAAUAUAUGAAGAUAUACGAUCGAGUAAUCGUGAAAGCUUGAGAAUCACGAGACCUUGGAUCAAAGAACUAGAACGUAACACAAACCAGCCUGAGUUGAACACGAUAGCUACAUACUACUUCGAUGGCCAGGGCAAGGCUCUAAGGCCGAUGGUGGCCAUACUGACAGCGAAAGCCAUAAAUUACCACGUAUACGGAGAAAAUAGUGCAUUGCUGCCGUCUCAGAGGCAGGUGGCUAUGAUCAGUGAGAUGAUCCACUCGGCGUCUCUCAUACACGAUGACGUCAUCGACCAGAGUGACUUCAGACGCGGGAAGCCCUCUGUCAAUGUACUCUGGAAUCAUAAGAAGGUAUGUAUUGGAAUUGAAUGCUUAGGUAAUAAAACUAACUGUUCCAUUUGGGUGGCAAUGGCUGGUGAUUUUAUCCUCGCUGUGGCAUCAAUGAUGAUAGCUCGUCUCCGCAGUGAUGAAGUCACGCUUGUGCUCAGUCAGGUGGUGACGGACUUGGUCCAGGGUGAGUUCAUGCAGCUCGGCAGUAAGGAGACCGAGAACGAACGUUUUGCACACUACCUUACCAAAACAUAUAGAAAAACCGCCUCGCUCUUCGCUAAUUCAGUCAAAGCGGUGGCGCUGCUAUCGGGCGCAGACGAGGCCACCUGCGAGCUAGCGUUCCAGUACGGUCGUAAUCUGGGACUGUCAUUCCAGCUGGUCGAUGACCUCUUGGACUUUGUGUCGUCUUCGCACGGUAUGGGGAAACCGACCGCGGCUGAUCUUAGACUAGGGCUGGCGACCGCACCUGUACUGUUUGCAUGUGAAAAGUACCCAGAGCUGAAUCCUAUGAUAAUGAGGCGAUUCCAAGACGCCGGUGACGUGGAGAAGGCUUUCGAGCUGGUUCAUAAGUCGCGGGGCCUCGAACAGACCCGGUUCCUCGCUCGCAAGCACGGCCUCGAGGCGGCUCGGCUGGCCUCAGAGUUAGCAGACUCGCCUUACCAGAAGGCUUUAGUCGUAACCACCGACCUUGUACUCAAUAGGAUCAAAUAG